AUGUGCCAAAAGCACGGUGUCCGCGUGCGGAAAAGGAGUCAACAGCACACCUGCUUUAUCGCGCUCGUAUCGCGCACUCCCACGGCUGCAGAGUGGCCCUUUUUGUGUCUCUGCGCUAUAAGAGCGCACGCUCUGCAGGCGCACACGCCUGUCUUGACACCUUUUCCUCUUGCCCACCGGUUCCGCCCACAACACACAUUCGCUCGCUUGCUGGCUGGCUGGCUCACCCAGAUGUUCAACCAGGUCAGACUUCCGCCUAUAAAGACCCUGCUGGACUCCAUAGAGAGGGAUCCAGACACGGGGAACGUAAUACCCAGCGUGGUGCCCAGCGUGGUGCCCAGACCAGUGCUAAAACCAACGCUCUCACAGUUCACGCCACUGCAGGGGGGUAGCAAGCAGGCGGUCGUUCAGUUGCCCAGACCGCCCGCUGUCGACCAGGGGACGCACCCGCGCCCAGGUCCAGUGCCCUCACCGCAGCAGCAGCAACAACGUGGGGAGAAAUGCGGGGGCUCUUCGGGCAGGGACAGGAAACAGUCCCGCUACAACCUCCCAAAGGACACAGUGCUCAUCCUCAACAGGUGGCUUCUCGACCACCUGCACAACCCGUACCCGACUUCCCAGGAGAAGAGGGAACUGCUCAUCAAGACGGGGCUCUCCAAGAUACAGUUGUCCAACUGGUUCAUAAACGUGCGCAGGCGCAAAGUGUUCAGCGACUACUACUCCCUCGCGAACUCGUCGGACGGCGCAGCCGUCGACCCGCGCAAUAUCCCGCACCGCGUCUCAGACGACCACCAGGGGAAGGAGUUCAUACAGGGCGGGGUCAAGAUGCCCACCACAAGAAGAAAGAAACUGCUCGAUAGACUCAACGAGCUCAAGAAGAACACAAGAGGCAUUUGA